ACUGGGGCUGCCGCGAUUACCUGACUUCGUCGGACAAGAUGAUAAAAUCUUUGACGAGCUUGCAGCUGGGUAUCAUUCGGAUGGAUCUUCUGUAGGAGGUUCUUCGGAAUAAGAAUUUUAGACGUAGACGUUUGGUGGAUAAUGAGAUGGUGAAAGCAUGGAGAAUAUGUUUCUGAAGUGUCCAACGUAAUGGGUGAUUAUGUCUGUGAGUAUAGCCAAUUGAAGUUGUGUUAACACACGAACAACAACAUCAACAUGAUCAUACACAUACUCUUCAACAUUCUAUCUAGAUCAUAACAUGCGACAUUUUGACAUGGUUAUUCCUUUCGUCCAUGUUGUAGUUUUUCAUAGAAUCAAAUGUUUAUCACAGGCAUAAACAUGUUGGAUAUUUUCAUCUACGCAUAUUUGAUAUUUGCGAAUUUGAGAUUAGAGUGUCUACUAACGUUUUUUUUCAAUCGAUUUAUUAUUCAACACCAAUUUGCAACCUAUUGACUUUUUGGUACGCUUCCUCCGUAUUUGUCUUCCCCGUUUCUCCCUCUCCAUAUCGUCCCAUUGCCGCAUGCAGAUGCAUAUCACAAUCACUUUAAGGUUCACGGUCUUGUUGAAAUUGUAACUAGGACUUCAGGUGGCGAAGCCUAAGGAUUGAGCUAGUAUCGGCACCACCGUCUUUUUUUAGUCUGCAAAAACUAAAAUCAGUCUCGAAUCGCGGAUCCAUAGCCAUAUCACAUUUCGAUGAGAACUAUACUUUUUCGUAGGAUUUUCUCCCAGUCAUCUUAAACUUAAAAGCUGCUUCACGGUAUUCAUCUUCGCACUGUAAAUGACUUUUACCAGCAGGUCUUGGUCUUCCCAAUCAUCUUUUUCUUGGGAAAUAUACGCAGAUGGGUGAAAGAGAAAGAACAAAGAGUAUCACAAUCACGACUUUUCU